GAUUGCAGGUCAGAUGUUUGCUCGAUGUAAAUACUAUGAGCUACAGUACGGGCUACACUAGAUAAUAACCGGUAAAACCUUAAGGUGAAAUGUAAGGCUUUCUUCUCCGUCUCAGGGAAAAUCCGAAGCGUCGCAGGAUGAUGACGUCGUCACUUGGUGACGUGUCAGUUUGUUUACAGCGGUCCCUGCGCUGCAGCUGCACAGACAUGGCUGUGGAUAUAACUUUACUUUUCAAAGCCAGUGUCAAGACAGUAAAAACCAGGAACAAGGCGAUAGGAGUGGGCUUUGACUCCUCUGCCAAAGAUGACAUUUUCAAGAGGAGCAGACCCAAGACUGGCUUCUCACCGAAGGCGAAAGAAGUGAUCUCGAACAUCACCAAGCUCAAAGACUUUCUGCUACAACACAGGAAAGAUUAUGUGAGCGCCGGAAGUCUCAUCUCGUCAGAUCUAACCCGUAUGACGGACAAUGAACGAGACCAAAUUGACCAGGAUGCUCAGAUCUUCAUGAGGACCUGCUCUGAGGCCAUCAAGCAGCUACGCAAUGAAGCGGAGAAGCAAGUGAUAUCAGCCCAGACAAAGGAGCACAGAGGGGCUGUGCUGGACCUCAUUGAAAUGUAUCUGAGAGGAGUAUGUAAGCUGUACUCUGAGCAGAGAGCAAUCAGAGUUAAGAGAAUGGUGGACAAAAAGAGGCUGUCAAGACUGGCACCAGAGCACCGCAUCAAGGUGGGGAAAAUGCCGGAGGUGGAGCCCACAGAGGAGAAGACUGUCAAGGAGGAAAGUCCUGAGAAGAGUGUAUCAGAGGUCCUGGACAACCCUGUCAACCUGUGGGAGGAGGGCCGAGUGGAGGACGAGCUCUCUCCUGAGGAGAUCCAGAUGUUUGAGCAGGAGAACCAGAGGUUGGUGAGCGAGAUGAACAGCCUGGUGGAUGAAGUGAGGCAAAUCGAGGGGAAGGUGGUGGAGAUCUCUCGACUGCAGGAGAUCUUUGCUGAGAAAGUCCUGCAACAAGAAACGGAGAUAGACAGUAUUCAUCAGCUGGUCGUGGGUGCAACAGAAAACGUCAAAGAAGGCAAUGAGGAUAUACGAGAGGCAAUCAAAAACAACGCUGGCUUCCGCGUAUGGAUCCUGUUCUUCCUGGUCAUGUGCUCUUUCUCUCUCCUCUUCCUGGACUGGUACGACAGCUAACACAACCAGCCAGCAUGGACUCUAUAUUCGACAGGAAACCGUGUGGCACUGGCACAUAUUGGUUUUCUCAUAAAGGCGUGAUGACAACACUGAGACUGAAUGUACAGUUUACCAUGCUGGACCUGGUGUACAAAGUGCUCUUUGGGAAGAUGCUGUGUUCAAGUGGACAUGGCAGUUUGCUCUUUCCAUGAUACUAACUAUCUAAUAGUGUUUGUCCAGUGCUUUCAGGACUUAAAUGUUUAAAAGCCCUUCUAUUAAGGCAAUUUGUCCACAUUUAUGUGUGUUUAUUGCUGGACAGUCGGUCUUUCUUUGUCACUAAAAGCAGCGAUGAUUGUUUGAUUGGAAGCAACUACUCUUCUCUGGCCUUUUGAUUUCUGAUCUCCUUUGGAACAGACUGAAGGAUACUGUUCGCACUGGCAUAACAUUAACUUGCUGUGUCAUGUACAGUAUUUAAAUAGAUUAUACAUUUGUGUACCCCAAUGACACUAAAUUAUACUUCACUGUCAAAUCCUGAUGAAUUUUUCAGCUUUCCAGGCAAUUAUGAGCAGCAGAGCAAUUUAUUCGAUAUCUAUCACAGCAUAACUGUACUGACACACCAUUCACGUUCUAGUAAAACUAAGCAAUAGCCUAAAUUAAAUUCUGUGUCUG